ACCAAAGAAGCUCUCUUCACAAUUCUCCAGGACCUAAGGCCUGAAGAUCACUUCAAUAUCAUUGGUUUUUCCAACCGAAUAAAGGUCUGGCAACAGGACCAGCUAGUACCAGUUACUCCAAAUAAUAUCAGAGAUGCCAAAAAGUACAUUCAUAACAUGUCACCUACAGGAGGGACUAAUAUCAAUGGUGCUCUCCAGACUGGUGCAAAGCUGCUAAACGAUUACAUCGCUCAGAACGACAUUGAUGCUAGGAGCGUCUCUCUGAUCAUCUUCCUCACGGAUGGGAGGCCCACUGUUGGGGAGACGCAAUCAUCCAAAAUCCUCAGCAACACCAAGGAAGCCAUCCGUGAUAAAUUCUGCCUCUUCACCAUCGGCAUUGGCAAUGACGUGGACUACAAGCUACUGGAGAGGAUGGCACUGGAGAACUGUGGCAUGACAAGGCGUUUCCAGGAGGAUGAGGAUGCAGCCAGCCAAUUGAAAGGGUUCUACGAUGAGAUAGGGACUCCUCUUCUCUCUGAUAUACGAAUUGAUUACCCAGAAGACAGUGUUGAGCAGGUCACCCAGAACUUCUUUCCCAACUACUUCAACGGCUCUGAAAUUAUAAUAGCUGGCAAACUCAUCAACCGCACCUCAGAUAGCCUGCAUGUAGAGGUGACUGCUAGCAACUCCAAGAAGUACAUCCUCCUCAAAACAGAUGUAGGUAUCGAGUCUGGCCUAGAAGACGGCAAAGGUGAUCAGAAUUACAUUGAGAGAGCAUGGAGUUACCUCACCAUCAAAGAGCUGCUUAACUCCUGGCUGAAGAGUGAUGACAGUCAGGAGAAGGACUAUUUGAUGGAGAAAGCCAAGUCAAUGGCCCUUACUUACAAUUUUGUUACUCCCUUCACCUUUCUGAAGAUGAAAGAAGCUGGGCUCUAUUCAGAACCUCCUCAAGAGGAGUAUAUCAGCCCUUCUACUGAAGGCAUUGGUGAAAAGCUACAGAGCUUGCAAGGACACAAGGCACCACCAGGUAUGCCCAGGCAGCAAGACAAACAAAGAAUUAAAAUCUCCAAAACUUCAGCUGAUGGAGACCCUCACUUCGUCAUUGAUUUUCCCUCUAGCAAGUUCUCUGUCUGCUUCAAUAUUGAUGGAGAACCAGGGGAUAUUCUCCGACUGGUCUCUGAUCAUAAGGAAUCUGGUGUGACUGUGAAUGGGCAAUUAAUUGGAGCUCCUGCACCACCCAAUGGCCACAAGAAGCAUCGGACUUACUUCAGCACCAUCACUAUCCUCAGCAACAAGCCAGAAAGAUCCUACCUAGAGAUCACACCCACCAGAAUCAUUCUGGAUGAUGGAGAAAGACUUGUUCUGUCCUGCGGCCGGAGUGCCACAGUGAAGAGCAGCAGCCUUGAGGUGUCCAUCUCUGCCAAUUCCAACGUGACCGUGACAAUACGAGACACAAUCAGUUUUAUCAUCCUCAUCCACCACUACAAGAACCCAGCCCCCUAUCAGAAGGAUCAUCUGGGCUUCUACAUCUCUAACAGUAAAGGCCUCUCUCCUGACUCCCACGGGCUACUGGGUCAGUUCUUGAAAGACGAAGUUAAACUUCUUCAGGAAUCUCUAAACAAGAGUAAUCCACUGGCUGGUCAGAACAAAACUGAAGCAGUAAAGUCAAACCCUACAAAUACCUUGAAAGUCAAGGGACGUCUCGUUCCUGUUGUGUGGAAACAGAGAAGGAUCUACAAUGGCCAGCAAGAAGUUGACUGCUGGUUUGCCAAAAACAAUGCGGACAAACUGAUCGAUGGGAGCUAUAGUGACUAUUUGGCUUCUCAUCCUUUUGACACAGGAACCAACUUUGGGGUGAUUUAAUAGCCUUUAAGACCCUUCAUAAUA